AGGACAAUGGAAGAAAGCAGUAACAGUUCUGGAAAAGGAUUUCUCCUCCUGGGAUUUUCAGAUCAACCACAGCUUGAGCGGGUCCUUUUUGUUAUUAUUUUGGUCUUCUACAUCUUGAAUCUUCUGGGGAAUGCUGCUAUCAUUUUGGUGUCAUGUCUGGAUACCAAGCUCCAUACUCCCAUGUACUUUUUCCUCAGCAACCUCUCUUGUGUGGAUAUCUGCUUUACUACUAGUGUUGCACCAGAAUUGCUGGUUACCAUGAAUAAGAAAGACAAAACCAUGAGCUACGGUGGGUGUGUGGCCCAGCUGUAUGUGGCCAUGGGGCUAGGAUCUGCUGAGUGUAUUCUAUUGGCUAUCAUGGCUUAUGACCGCUAUGCUGCUGUCUGCAGGCCUCUUCACUACACAACCAUUAUGCAUCCUCAACUCUGUGCAUCUCUGGCUAGCACAGCAUGGUUUAGUGGCCUAGUCACCUCCUUAAUUCAGUGUUCUCUUACUGUACAACUACCCCUUUGUGGUCAUCGCAAACUAGAUCACAUUUUCUGUGAGGUGCCAGUGAUCAUUAAAUUGGCCUGUGUCGACACAACUUUCAAUGAGGCCGAACUCUUUGUGGCAAGUGUGGUCUUUCUAGUUGUCCCUGUGUCACUCAUCUUAGUCUCUUAUGGUUUUAUAACCCAGGCUGUGCUGAGGAUUAAGUCAGCAGCAGGGCGCCGGAAGGCCUUUGGAACUUGUUCUUCCCACCUGGUUGUGGUUGUCAUUUUCUAUGGGACCAUUAUCUUCAUGUACCUCCAGCCAUCAAAAAGUAGCUCUAAAAAUCAGGGCAAGUUUGUCUCUCUUUUUUACACUAUAGUAACUCCACUUUUAAAUCCCAUUAUCUAUACUCUGAGAAACAAAGAUGUCAAAGGGGCCUUGAAGACACUGGUGAGGGGUAAUGUUCUUGGGUUAAAAAGGAUAUAA